AUAUUUUUCAAUCUGUAAAGUUUUACAGGUUUGUUCUGCUCACGUGAAAAAUUACUGAGAUGGAUUAUACAAUUUUUUUAAGUAACAAUUGCAAGCAAAUAUCAUAUCGAAAGUUAGUUAUAAGUUUAUUACAGCAGUGAUCUAAAAUAUAAAGGAUGUCAGGGCCACAGAAGACAGAUAUCUUUGCAGAUAUCUUUCCCAAAGUCGUUCAAACAAUCAGAUCAGCGUCAGCUUUGGCUGCUCAAGAUGUGAAUUUCUAUAAAUCAAUAGAUGCCGAUUUAGGCAAAGAUAUGGAUAACUCCUCCAAAAGUCUCUUACAAAUUACUAAUAGAUUGUUAAGUAGUAUUGGAGAGGACGGAUCAUCUAUCAAGUAUGGACAAGAAGAAAUUACUGGUGAAGCCAGUUGGAAGAAGAUUUCUCUGAGUUUGGAUAUAUUAUAUGAAAAUAUUGAAAAUGCCUUUGAUGAACAACAGCAACAAAAAGGCAAGGCUAGAACUACAGAAGAAAAACCUAUGGUUCACUUAGAAGAUGGAACAAGUGAUUCAUCAGCUCCAAAUAAUAGAAAUGAUGGUAAGAGGAUACCCAAACCACAAGUUCAAUUCAGAGUACCUGUCGAUAACUCAGAAUCUCACCCUUUCAAACCAAUGAUUACUACCAAGCCUCAUGGUUUAAAGACUUACGAAGAAUCAACUGCAUUAAUUAAUCCUGCUCCAACCUAUGAAGAAUCAAUUGAAUUGGUUGAUCCCCCAUAUUACGCUCAUCCUUACGAAUUUGAAAUUGAUAAUCAGCCAUAUCCGGAAGAAAUCUUAAUUCACUCAGAACCAAUACCAUCUAAAGAUUGGGUUUCUACCUCAGCUACUUGGGUUGAAACAGUCGAUGAUUUAAAUAAAAUGAUUGAUAAUUUAAGAGACUCCACAGAAAUAGCUGUCGAUUUGGAACAUCAUGAUUAUAGAACGUAUUACGGUAUAGUAUGCCUUAUGCAAAUUUCCAAUAGAGAUCAAGAUUGGAUAGUCGAUACCUUAAAAUUAAGGAAUGAUUUAGAACCAUUAAAUGAAAUUUUUACAAAUCCAAAUAUUGUAAAAAUAUUCCAUGGUGCUUUCAUGGAUAUAAUAUGGUUACAAAGAGAUUUAGGGUUAUACAUUGUAUCCUUGUUUGAUACUUAUCACGCAUCCAAAGCAUUAGGUUUUCCAAAAUUUUCAUUAGCAUAUUUAUUAGAAACAUUCGCAAAUUUCAAAACUUCUAAGAAGUACCAAUUAGCAGAUUGGAGAAUAAGGCCGUUGCUGACUCCAAUGCUUGCAUAUGCCAGAUCAGAUACACAUUUCUUAUUAAACAUUUAUGAUCAAUUGAGAAACAAAUUAAUAGAUGGAGGUGAAGAGAAACUUCGUAAGGUUUUACAUGAUUCAAGACAAGUUGCUAAAAGAAGAUUCGAAUACACUAAAUAUAGACCUUUAUCUAAUAAUGGAAACGGUAAGGUCUCAUGUCCCAUCAUGGCAAACAAUCCCGCAGAACCAUAUUCAUCUAUUAUGGUUCAAUAUAAUUUACCAAUUCAUAGAAAACCAAUUGUUGAAGUUUUAUACAAUUGGAGAGAUGCUAUUGCUAAAACUGAAGAUGAAUCGGUCAGAUACGUUAUGCCAAAUCAACUUUUAGUUGAUUUAUCAAACCUUGAAGAUAACGUCACUACAGAAAGAAUCUUGAAUGCUUCAAGAUUUGUUUCAGAGCAUGUUCGUCUUAAUGUAAAAGAAUUAGCACAAUUACUUGAAACUACUAUAAAGAGAACUGCUCAAAAUGAUUGGGAUUUAGUUGAUAAAUGGAAUGAAGAUCCAUCCAGUGAAAAUAUUAAUGAAAUAGCUGAUAACACAACAGUUCUUGAAUUGAUUAAUCAUAAUGAUCAAUUAUUGGAAUCAAAGCUGGAUUCAUCUUUACUUAAGGCUGGUUCUAAAUUAUUUACUUCAAUUUAUGAAGGGGCAAAGAGUCUAAUUUCUGUUGAGUGUGAACCAGAUUCCAUGACGAUAAUUAAGCAUAAUUUUGGUGAUGAAUAUAAUGAACGUUUGAAAAAUGCUUGGAAGGAAAUGAGUUCCAUACAUGAUGAAGUUAAGAUCAAUCUUGGUAAUCCAAUAGAAUCCGAAGAUGAAAAAGAUGAAGUCGCUGAACAAGUACAAGAAAAGAAAGUUGAAUCAGUUUCAGGUUCAAAAACUGGAUCUGCAACUUUAUUCGCUGAUAAGAAUGAAUUUGAUCCUAAUGAAGUUAUAACCCUUCGUAAGAAGAAUUUCAAUCAAAGAAACAAUACCAAAAAGGCUAUUCAACUGGAUGAAAAAGCAUUUGAUUAUGCAAAUGCUGAUAAAAUGUUACUUGAGCCUACUAAUUCUAGAGAUAGAAAGAGAGAGAACAAUAAAAAGAGAAAGCCAAAAUUCGAUCCAUAUUCCAAAGAAAGUGAUGGUCCACAACCAUCUAAAAGAGGUAAGCAUAUGACUGUCGGUAAGAGUCUGACCUUUAAGGAUAGAAGAAGAUAGGAUGUAUAUAGUGUAGAUAGAUCAGUAAGUAGAACUGUACAAUAUAGUAAUUUUGCAAUCAAAAAUUGAGUGCCAUA